ACGGCCUCCCAGUGCGCACAGAGGCGCGGACACACUGAUAACAGCGGCGGCUCCUGUGUGUGGCCAGCAGAGACACUUCUCCCUCGGAGGAAGCGACGCACGCCACGCUUUUAUUUAUCUAUUUAUUUAUUGUUUGUGGAGUAUUUAAUAUAUACCUGUCAACGAUGAACGGAGUAACGAGGAAUCUGUACACAUUUGAGGACAUCAGAAAUCAGGAACAUGGAGACGGGUGCAGGCGGCUGCGGCUCACACUGCACAACCAGAGCCAGGCAGCUCAGAGCACAGAGCAGCACAGGGACAAGCCAAUUGGACGAGUGUUUGCAGUGGUGCAGCCAGCCAAUGACAGGACAGCUUUGACCCCUGAACCGGUCAAAUCUACAGAGGAGCAAGUGGAGGUUAUCAAGGUGUAUCUCGAGGCCCGCAAACAAGAGCAGGAGAAACACCAACAGAGCCUGAAGAUGCUGUCAGAUGAAGUUUCACAGAUACAAGAGGUGAGGUACUGCCUGAAGACACUGCGGGAGCAGAUGGCAGCCAAAAACAAAGCGUAUACAAACGGGUGGAAAGUCGGUGUUCCCUUUCUGAAGAAUAUGUCAUCUGGCCCAAAGGGAGCAGCUAAAGCUGACGGACAGGAAGUAGAUGAUGAAGCAGAGAGAACCAAGCUGCGUGAAGUCAGUAAGCGCUUAUAUGCACAGCUGCAGGAAGCUGAGAAGAAACACCAAGAGGAGAAAGAGAGGCUGCAGGCUGAAGGCAGCAAGCUGAGGGAGCAUCUGAGCGACAAGGAGGAGAAGUUGAAGACCACAGAAGAAGCCAGCGAGAGGAAAGACAAGCACAUCGAAGAGCUCCAGAGGUUGCUGGGUGGGAUGGAGCAAGAGAGCGCCACCCUGCGGGAGGCAAUCCGCAACCGUGAGGAGGAGCUCCGCGAACUGCGCAAGAUCAGAGAGGCGGGCCAGAAAGGCGACCAGAGGGCUGAGCAGUUGGAGAAGGAGGUGGCUGUUCUCAAAGAAAAGAUCCACCAUCUGGACGACAUGCUGAAGAGCCAACAGAGGAAAGUCAGACACAUGAUUGAACAGCUCCAGAACUCUCGCAUGGUGAUCCAGGAGAGAGACCGUGUGAUCAAAGAGCUGGAGGAGAAAGUGGCGUUCUUGGAAGCUGAGAACCGAGAAAUGCAUGACCAGAUGGACUACUUCCUGGGGGAACAAAGGUCAAAUCCCUACUCUUCAUCGGAGCAUACUCCCCAGAUCGUCUAUAGUAAACCACUUAAGCUGUCCUCCUCAUCUAACAAACCACUGCCUUUAAUGAAAGUCAUCGAGAUCAAGUCAUGAAGUGACUCUGCAGAAGAAAGACAAUUCUGGAGUGAAGAGCUCAGAACCACCGAAUCUUUUCAAUGCAGACUGAAACCAAACAGUAGUGUUGCUACCGUAUUAGAUCACAUAAAUCUCUGGAAUAUCAGAGCUGAACUUCCUGGACUGCAGCUACAUCAACACUUCCACUAAACAAUUCUAACCUCACACACACAUGAAGGAAGAAGUUGGGCAGCGCACACACACUGGGAUGUUGUGUGUCUGUGCAUAAUGAAUGGCAGCUUUAAUGUAGAAACAUUAAGCGUACUGAUACCGCUGAUAUGCAUUUGAAGUUUAUAAUGAUGCAUACUGUAUAUGCAAGUAUGUCCUUGUCCUUCUGAUCACUUUGACCUUUUGAGUUUAUGGCAUCUGUGUUAUUGUAUCAAAAAACAACUGUUAUGUAGGAUUCACACAUCUUUUGCCAAAGUGAGUAACAGCGUUAUAGGGUCCACAUACAGUAACAAUAAGCAUCAAUAUAUUAACAAAAGGUGUCAUUUAAAAAAAAAAUGCAAUUCAAUUUAAAACUCAUUAACCUAAUAAUCCAAAUCCUGUGUCCUUCUCACUAGACGCUCCUACUUUCCUUUGUUCCCUUUGCUGAGUGUGCAAUGCUCUGAUGUGUAAAUACGAACUGUAGCCUAUAUAAGGUUAACACCCUGUGAUGGAAAGAGCUGUUUAAAAAAUAGCUGGCUUUUAAGUCCCAAACAGCAAUAUGGCACUUAACGAAACUGUGAAGAAGCGGAAGAAAAAAAAUUAAGCUAUUGCUGCUUCAUAGAAGUGUCAUUAUUUAAAAUAUUUCUUGUAAAGCAUUUCACUUUCCGGUCACUGUGUAUAUACAUUCAUCAUUUUGUACAUACUAAUGAAUGCUAUUUGAUGUUUUAAUUCCUACCUAAAACUUUCUGUUCUAUUUAUUUUUGUUAAAAAUAGACCUCUAGACUGAUAGAAGUAGAUUUUGUAUGAAGUACAUUCUAAUCUAUUAUCUGUGCUUGUGGCUCUCAAAAUAAAAUACUGAAAAAUGA